GCAAUCGAUUUCAGUUCCAUCCCUAGCAGUUGAGGAAAAUAAAUAAAACUACCAGACUAUAGACGGUUUUACUGAAAAAGACAAGAUUUAAGCACACAACAUGGCCGAUGUAGAUGACGGGUCUGAGCUGCUGUUCUUCGACACUUUCUCGCACGAGGAAGUGACGGACAUUAAUUUGGAUUUGGUGCAGUUUCCCAAGCCGGUCUUCAUCACACAGGUGCGAAUCAUUCCCCUGGGCGCCCGAGUCCAGGCGGACUUUCCCGGCGGCGUUCGCCUGGGCGCCACCAAUCCCUCAAAGUUCGAUCUAGAGUUCUUCGUCAACGACCUGGGAAUGCCGGCUGCGUCGGCAUUCGAGAACCUCGGCCUGCUGCGGUACAACCAAAACGACUGCAUUCACCUGGACUGCUCGCAGGAGAAGAUCGUCACCGACGGCCUGGUGCUGCGUGGCUGGUACAGCACCAUCACACUGGCCAUCUACGGCAUCUUCACCAACUCGGUGACGGAGCCAAUUGCCAGUCCGACGCUGCCCUGCGAGCCCGUGGGCCCGGAGAUAACCAACCUGAGUGGCGAGGUGCUCCUCCAGGAGGAUGUGCUGAAGGACGAGUGGCAGGAGCCGAUGCAGGCGGAACUGUUGAACGCUCACAAGGGCAAUGUCAGCGAUUACGAUCCGGAGGACAUGGAAUACGGCAUGUCGCGGGAUCAUUACCACCAGCACGCCGAGGAGCAAGAGCAGCGAGAGAUGCGACGACUGCGUCGGUCCACGCACUCCACGGAUCACUCACCGCCACCGCCCAGAAGAUCACACACGCAUUCAGAGAGCAACGACAGGGAGUACAUCAGGUGUUCGCGCGACAAGGGCUCUAGGGAUUGGUCGCGUUCACCGGAAUACUCCAGCCAUCGGUCGCGUCGAAAGCGCUCGGAGAGAUCUCGCUCCGAUGUGGACGAGCACAAGUGGCCCAGAACCCCGCCUGCAUCGAUUGACUCACCGACACGUCCGCGUUCGCCCGACACGAUGGACUACGAUGACGAGGACUCGCGUUCCCACUACAAGAUGCAGUCAUCGCACUACAGGCACUCCUCUGAGUCACUGCACCGUGGUGAUCGGGAUCGGGACGAUGAGGACCGAUCAUGCACGCCGCAAGAGCAGUUUGAGCCCAUUCUCAGUGACGACGAGAUCAUCGGCGACGACGAGGAGGACGAUGCAGUUGAUGCGGCUGCCAUUGCGGAGUACGAGCGGGAGUUGGAGGCAGCUGCUGUCGCUGCUCCUCCAGCCAUCGAUGCUUUCGAGCCAUGGCAGAAGCCACUGUUGGUCUUUGAAGGCGACAUGUCUGCCCACUUCAGCAAGGAGCUGGAAACUCUAAAGCUGCUCUUUAAGAAGUUGGUCCUGCAAACCCGUUGUGAGAAUGUUGCUGCCUUCAGCGAGGAACAUGGCGCUAGUGUAGACGAACGGGAACAAUUUGUGUACUUGGGUGAGCAACUGAACAAUCAGUUGGGUUACUUAGCCCAGCACUACAAAAGGAGGAACUUUGUCCUGCAGCAGUUUUUCGGAAACGAUGAGGUACAUCUUCGUCAGGCAGCUAAUGUGAUGCAGAUUGCCCUGAGUUUCCAGGCGGCAUGCAUGCAGCCACAGCCUGCUUUUAAGAUCCGUCAUAUAAAGCUGGGUGCCCGAAUGGCUGAACUUCUGGGCAGUAGCGAGGAUCUCUUUCAGCACCUGUUGAAAGAACACAAAUUUGAUACCUUCGAUGCGGUAUUCCAGCUGUAUCACGAACCGUACAUGGCACUGUCCAUUAAGCUUCAGCUUCUCAAAGCCGUGUACGCCUUGCUGGACACCAGGAUGGGCAUCGAACACUUUAUGGGAGCGAAAAAUAACGGCUAUCAGAUGAUUGUGGAAGCCAUCAAGGCAGCCAAGCUGACAAGGACGAAGUACGCACUGCAGGCGAUAAUAAAGAAACUACAUUUGUGGGAGGGCCUGGAGAGCAUACAGAUUUGGUGCCGUCGUCUCUUUGUGGAUCGAAUAAUCAUACCUGGUAAUCGCGAACAAAUGGAGGACACAGUGAUAACUUGCCAGCAAAUAGAGUUUACCUUCGAGAUGUUGAUGGAUGCAUUGUUUUCCAGCCAACUGAGUUACUUGCAGCCGCGCCGUUUCCUACCCGUGUCCAAGAAAUUCGAGGUGGUAUCCGAUCCCACGGCGCAGCGCAGCUUCGGAAAUGCCCUUCAAUCCUACUUGGGACAAAACUCACUGGCGGAAUCUCUGCUGGUCAUGUUGGGAAACUGCAAGGAGUUACCGGCCACGACGUAUCUAAGCAUGCUGGAUUUGAUGCAUACCCUUUUGCGCUCGCAUGUCGGCAUCGAUUACUUCGUGGAUGAUGCUUUUCCUGUAACGCAGACGAUUGUGGCCAUACUGCUGGGCCUAGAUGAGGUACCUCGGAACCCAGAGGAAAAGGAGGAAAAGCCAGAGAAGUCGGAUCUAGAGGACAAGGUAAUGGAGGUCGAAAAUGAAGCUGUGGAGGCUGCAGGCGAGAAGCCACCAACGGCAGACGAGGAGGGCAAGCCAGUUCCUCCCUCGAUUCCCGUUUCUGCUCCAGCUGCUGCUCCCCAAGUGCGACCCAGGCCGAUCCUUCGACCAGUGCUGCCACGCCUUGCCAGAUUGGGUAUUGAAAUGUCGUACAAGGUGCAGACACGGUACCACCUGGAUGCCAUUACCUACGCUGCCGCGGCUCCCGAAUACGAUGCCGUCAAGUUGGCCACUCAUAUGCAUGCCAUUUACUCGCAAACCUGCGAUCCCGCUGGACGGCAGCACACCGUGGAGGUGCUGGGCUUGAAUAACAAUCUGAAGAUCUUCAUGGAUCUGAUCAAGAAGGAGCAGCGCCUUCAGACGCAACGCCAGCUGAGCUCACCGGGCAUGAAGUACAAGAGCCCGGUGCUGAGCUAUGCCGUGGACAUGGUGGACGCUUGUGUUCGCUACUGCGAGCAGCUGGACUACCUGAUCGAACAUGGGGGUGUGAUCCUGGAGCUGGCCAAGAACCACGAGACCUUCGAGCCCUCGGUGUCGGCCGUCUUGCAGGAGAUGUACGUGUACAUGAAGCCGCUAGAGGCUAUUAAUGUGUUCGUAUAUGAUGACAUAAUGCCGCUGGUGGAGGUGAUAGGCCGCUCUCUGGAUUACCUGACCACAUUUCCUGGAGACCUGAUUAUGGCCCUGCGGAUUUUGCGAUAUCUCUCCAUAAGCAAACCGAUUGCAGGUCAAAAAGCUCCUCCAGUGACCGAGGAGCUGAAACAUAGGUUUGUGGCCCUGCAGCUGUACGCGGCGGAUGGUGUCCAGCUUUGUAUCCAGAUCAUGGAGCGAUUAUGCGCAUACUUCGAGCAGCCGGGUGCACAUGCUCCCGCCCUAAUGACCAUCCAGGGAGUCCACUGCUGUCAGAUCAUGCUGCCCACGCUGCAGAUCCUCCGGGAACUGCUCUCGUACGCGAUCCUGUGCAGAGAUGGCACCUACAAAGACCUCACCGCCAUAGAUCACCUGGUGAAAGUGUACUAUUUGCUCUACUACUUUCCCACGCGCUGUCAGGCGGGCCUCGAGGUGGAACAAUGCAAGAUGGAGGUGGUCCAGACCCUUCUGGCCUACACCCAGCCGAAUGAACAAGACGAGGAGUCGCUGCACAAGUCACUUUGGACCCUGAUGAUCAGAGAGGUGCUAAAAAAUGUCGAUGGACCCGCGCACUUCAUUCCUGGACUGAAGCUUUUGGCGGAGCUACUUCCACUCCCGCUGCCGAUGCCCCAGCCCCUUUGCGACCAGUUGCAGCAACAGCACAAGCAGCGUCUAAUCACUGAGCGGAAACUGUGGUCCGCGCACUUGCAUCCCCAGAGCGGACAGAUCGCCAAGCUGGUGGAGGCACUUGCUCCGUCCAGUUUUCCACAGCUGUCCGAACUACUGCAGCGAGUGUGCAUGCAACUGUCCGACUUGGCACCCAACAUGACCCUGCUGAUCGCCAAGACGAUCACGGAAUUGCUGUGUAAUGAGUACCAGACAUCCAACUGCAUUCCGACCACCAACCUGGAACGGCUGCUUCGUUUCUCCACUCGCUUGUGUGCUUUUGCCCCUUUGAAGAGUUCAAUGCUGUCGAUUCUUUCCGGAAAGUUCUGGGAACUCUUUCAGUCGCUGCUGGCACUGAACGAGUUUAACGACGUGGUUUCCAAUUGCCAAGAGGCUGUCCAUCGCAUUCUGGACAGUUUCCUAGACUCCGGUAUUUCGCUGAUCUCGCACAAGAGUACGGCUUCGCCCGCGUUGAAUCUGGCUGCCGCACUGCCACCCAAGGAACUCAUUCCGCGAAUCAUCGAUGCAGUCUUUAGUAACUUGACAAGCGUGGAGGUAACCCAUGGAAUAUCAAUUCUUGCGGUGCGCAAUCUGGUCAUCCUCACGGAGCACGACUUCACCUUUUACCAUCUGGCUCAGUUGCUGAAGCAGAAGAUCACAGAGUUCCAGGCGUGGAUGGAGCGUGUGAUCCUUCACAACGAAACUGUGGAGUACAAUGCCAACAUCGAAUCUCUGAUCCUACUGCUGCGCUCUCUGACCCAAAUUGAGCCGCCGCCCACCAUGUCGGCCAUGCCACACCGCACUCUGAAACUGGGGGCCACAGAGCUCGCCCAGCUGGUGGAGUUUCAGGACAUUGAGCUGGCCAAGCCACCGGUGCUCAGCCGCAUUCUCACCGUAAUGGAGAAGCAUAAGGCAGUGGCCAAUGAGGCGGCGCUGAGCGACCUUAAGCAACUGAUACUGCUGCAGGCCUCCAAGCAGGAGAUUCUCGCCGGGAUCAGUACGGAGACGCCACCAGAAGCUGAGGGAGAAGCCAAUCCAUCGGCCAGCAGCUGCAGUGGCUCUCUGACCGUGGAACCCUAUCUGCCGCAGGCCGAGGGCAUUGUCACACAGUACGAGGCGCGUCCGAUCUUUACGCGAUUCUGUGCCACAGCCGAGAAUGCCCAACUUACGGCUCGCUACUGGUUGGACCCGCUGCCCAUAGAACUGAUCGAAGACAUGAACGAGCCGAUCUACGAGCGCAUCGCCUGCGAUCUCACGGAUUUGGCAAACGUGUGCCUCAAUCCGGACUUGAAUGUGGCUGGUGAUAGCAAGCGGGUCAUGAAUUUAUCCGGCUCGCCCCAAUCCAAUCGGGAGAUGACGCCAACGGCGCCUUGUUUCCGCACGCGCCGCGUGGAAGUGGAACCCGCGACUGGUCGGCCCGAAAAGAAAAUGUUUGUUUCAUCAGUUAGGGGUCGUGGCUUUGCGCGGCCACCACCUUCCAGGGGAGAUCUGUUCCGAUCCCGGCCGCCCAACACCUCAAGGCCGCCAUCCCUACACGUGGAUGACUUCCUGGCCUUGGAAACUUGUGGCGCCCAGCCCACAGGACCCACCGGCUACAACAAGAUACCCUCCAUGCUGAGAGGCUCCCGGGUGGGACGCAACCGGGGAUCUCGCAUCUCGGCAGCAGCGGCCUUCAGGCAGAAGAAGCUAAUGCGCAUUGGUUCGCCCUCCAGCUGGGCAGAGUCUUCCGGAUCCUAUCGGUCUGCCUCGGACGCCCACUUUAGCAGCAGCGAUUCGCACUAUUCCUCGCCCCACUACAGUGGACGGCCGCGUGGACGAGGCCUGCGCUCCAGGCCAUCCUACAUGAGAUAGGAGGACGUUGAUCCUAAGAACCAGAUGGAUGCUGGCUGGGCAGUUUGAAUUCCAUUACUUAAUAAACGUGCUGAUUGUGCUGAUUUUGUAUUA